AUGACUAACAAUCCCAUAUCAGAAAGCACAUCAGUAAAAGUUGUUCUUAGAAUAAGGCCUCUUACAGCAGAAGAUUUGAUAAAAUUACCAUCACGAUUUCAAAAAAACAUUCUUUCUUUAUCACCAUUCUCUCCCAAUCAAGUUACUGUUCAAGCCGAAAAGAAAUUAAAUUUCACAUUUGACCAUGUUUUUGGUACAGAAACUGCACAAAAAGAAAUAUAUGAACAUUCCAUUAAAGAUGUGGUGGAUAAGUUCUUAGAAGGAUUCAACGUUACCAUAUUGGCAUAUGGUCAAACAUCUUCUGGUAAAACUCAUACUAUGGGAACAUCAGAUAAUUUAUCUUUGCCAGCGGAAUCAAGGGGAAUAAUCCCGCGUUCGCUAGAAACACUAUUCACAUAUAUAAAUUCGGCACAGUACAAAAAUCGUAAAUAUGUCAUGAAAGUUUCUUUCGUGGAAAUAUACAACGAAGACUUAAUUGAUCUUCUGGCCGAAGGGGAUGAAGAAAAUAGGCCACAAGUUACAAUUAGAGAGGGUGCAAAAGGAAAUAUCAUUUGGAGUGGACUACAAGAAAUUAAAGUUAAUAGUGUUGAGGAAGUUAUGAGCCAUUUGGUUCAUGGAUCCCUAAACCGCCAAGUUGGUGCAACGGAAAUGAACGCGAAAUCAUCUCGAUCACACGCAAUCUUUUCUGUUACACUUUCACAACAAAGGCCUGCGAAUAACAGUGGACCCAUUAGCCCUACAGCAAUGUCUCCUACACCUCCACCCUCAAGAGCGGGAUCCAGAAUGAGUAAACGUAUCGAUGACGGGGAAUGGCUCAAACGUACUUCGGCAAUUGGAGAACGUGCAAAAGAAGGGAUUUCAAUCAAUUCAGGGCUUCUUGCUUUGGGGAAUGUAAUAUCUGCUUUAGGCGAUCCAACCAAAACUAAAAGUAUAACGCAUGUUCCAUAUCGAGAUUCUAAACUCACUCGAUUACUACAAGACUCUCUUGGCGGUAAUGCCCAAACUUUAAUGAUUGCCUGUGUUUCCCCCGCAGAAUAUAAUGUUAGCGAAACGGUCAAUACACUUAAAUAUGCAAAUCGUGCGCGUAAUAUCAAGAAUAUUGCAACUGUUAAUCAAGAAGAAGCCGGUUGGCAUGAUUUAGAGCAUUUACAACAUUUGGUCUUAAAACUAAGGGCUGAAAUUAAAGCUUUAAAACAUGCCACUGGGAUUAUAACUAAUUCCGGAAGAAAUACCCCGAGUGAGUUUGGCAAUAGUCGUAGAUCAUCUACACCAUUAAGCAUAAUUACCUCUGGUUUAAGUUCUCCAACUACUCAAAUUCAUCUAAAUAAAGACAAAGAUAUUGAUGCACUUGAAGAACAAUUAGCAGAACUUCAACGUUCUUACUCAGAGCUCUCACAAAAAUACGCGAAAACUUCAGCUGAAUUAUCAAUGUAUCAGGACAAUACAGAUCUUUUACCUAAUUAUGACGAGAAAGCAGUCUUUGUAGAAACCUUUCAGGAAACCAUUGGACCUGUAAUUUCAGAAUACGAAAAAUCCAUAGCUGAACUUGAGAAUCAAUUAAAAAUUGCUCGAGCUUCUUUACCUCAUUCCGAAAAAUUGAUGCAAGAUCAAGGAUUAAGACUUGAAGAAGCAGAAGAACUUAAUAUUAAAAACAAAGAUGUAGUACUCGAUCUCAAAAAUAAAAUCGCUAAACUUAUUGAAACCGAAGAAAUUUCUAAAAAUUAUAUCAAAGACCUUGAAGUUAAACUUGACUCACAUUCUGUUGAUCAAAAGAAGGAUCAAGAAACGAUUGAAGAGCUUAGAAAUAAAAUUACCAAGCUUAGAUCAAACAGUGAGAAAAACGAGGGAGUAAUUCAAAAACUUGAAUUGCGACUGGCUAAAAGCGAAAACAAAGUAGCUAUAAUGAAUGAAACAACGCAAAAUCUCGAAAAGGCAUUGCAUGAAAGAGAGGAUGCCUAUCAAAAAUUAGAAACAAAGUAUAAAAAUGAGAAAUCUCUCGAUGAAGAGGAUCAAACAUUGUUAAUGUCACAAAUUGAAGAUAGAGAUCGUAGAAUCGCCGAACUUGAGAAAAAGGUCGAUGAACUUGUUACAGAAAUUGCACAUAUGAAAAAACUCAAAGUGGAUGUUUCUGGUUCUUUAAUGUUAACUAAUGAUUUUUCAACAGUAUUAAAUCUUGAAUCCAAACUUACGGAACUUCAAAAAACUCACGAAAAAACUGUCUCCGAAUUUACGGAAGUUAAAGAGAAAUAUCAAUCAUGUCUUGGAGAAAUCACUGAACUUCAUUCUCAACUCGACAAGGUUAAAAUUCCACAAUUCGGAAUUACAAUUGAUGAAUCAAUACCAACAACUCCUUUAAAUAAUAAUAUAAAUAAUGAAAUCCAAGAUGUAAAUUCAUUGAUGGUUCAUAUUAAUAGUUCUCAUCGUAAAGCGAAAUCUCUCUCUGACGAAAUUCAAGGUGCAGAAAAACGAGAACUUUCUAGUAUGGCUAUGGUUCAAAAACUUCAAAUUGAACUUAAACAAUUAGAAUCAUUACAUUCAGAAAAAGCAGAAGGUUUAAAAAUUGUUCAGCAAGAAUUUGCUCGUCUAGAGCAGAAUCAUCGUGAAACUCUUGAAAUUGUGGAUGAACUUCGAGAAGAAUUACAAAAACGAGAUGCUUUGGCUCAAAUUGAAGUCAUGUCAGUUAUGACUUCCGAGUAUUCAUAUGCUGAAUCCGGAUAUUCCGCUGCCACCAGCGAAAUAGAUCAGUUAGAAAUCGUUCAUCGCCUGAGAGAAGAAGUGGAACAACUUAAGGAAGAACAAAAAAAGAAUCUCGAAAUAAUUGGACAAUAUCAAAACGAAAAGGAAAAUGAAAACAAUAUUGAAUUUGAAGUUAGGGAUAUUUCCCAAAAUGAUGAGUUGGUAGAACGUCAGCAACGAGCCGACAAACUUCAAAGCGAAAUCGAAUCCAAAAGUCAUACAAUUGCCGCUUUAUUAUUUCCAUCAGUUGAACAACAAGACGCUAUUCGGAAACUUGAAGAAGAACUUCAAGAAACUAAAGAGGCUUAUCAUCUUGCAACGGAGGAGAAAAAUUCUAAAUUGAAUACCAUUUCCGAAGACGAAGAAAUUGAUUUAAAUGUUGCCGAUAAACAAGUAGAGGCAUUAGAAGAAAAAAUAAAACUUGUAGAAGCUCAAUUAGCUAAAGAAAAAGAAGCAGCCCAGAAACAGCAACAUGUUUCUAAUCCUCGUAAUUCCUAUAUCAAUCUUAUUGAUCCAACUCAUAAAACCAUUGAAGCCUUGGAAGAGAAAUUUAAAUCGUUACAAGAAGAACUUGCCAUUAAAUCAGAAACCAUUGAAAGUUUAAAAGGUGAACAUGAACUUGUCGUUUCAUUACAUGGACAACUUGAAGCUCUUAAAUUGGAUGUACGUCAUAAAUACGAAUUAAUUGAAAUUCUUAAGAGAGAUUUAGCAGAUAAAUCCAUACUUCAACAAAGAUUAAGAGAAAAGGAAGCCGAAGCAUUAGCUUUUAGAACAAAACUCAUGGAAGUUCAUAAACAAGAAGAAGAUUUAGAAAAUGAAAUUAAAAAACUCAAAGCUCGUCUUUAUAAAUUGGAAAAUGGCGAAGACGUUAACAAAGUUCUUCAAGCUGAGUUGAAUGCUUUACGUAACGAACUUAAGGAUGUUAAAGCUCGAGAGUCUGUUGCAUCGGAAAGGCUUCGUGUUCUUAAAUCAAGAUUAGAUUCUGAUCGAGAAGAAUCACACCUUCAAGAACAAUUAGAACAUUUACGCAUUGUAGAAAUCGCGCAAAGAGAAAGAAUUGCUGUUUUGGAAAACAGACUUUUCGAAAAGGGUGGUAAAGUUGAAGAAAAUAUCGUGAAGUUGCAAACCGAUUUAGCAAUCGCUCGAGAGACUGAAAUUGUGCAAAAACGUACAAUUGAAAAUUUGGAAAUAAAACUCAAGAAAGCUGAUGAAAGAUCUCAAGCUACAAAUCUUAAACGUGAACUUGCUGUGUUAAAGAUAAAAGAAGAAGAACAAAAUAAAAAAGUUCAAGAAUUAGAAAUUCAGUUAAGUGAAUCUUCCAACAAAGACUCUGAGAAAAUUAUACAAUUGAAGGAAGAAAUAGAAAGAUUGCAUAGUCAUGAGCGUGAACAACGUAAACAAAUUGAAACUCUAGAAAAUCGAUUAGAACUUGCUGUUAAGGAUGAAGAUCCAAGCAUCUCUGUUUUACGUGAUCAAAUUGCGGGAUUAAAAGCUUCGGAAACUGAUUUACGUAGGACAGUUCAAGAAUUAGAAUCUAAAUUUGCUUCUGCUCAAAAGGAAGCAAAAAUUUUCGAAACAGUAAAAGAGGAAGUUGCAUUUUUGAAAGAGUUAGAAACUGAUCAAAAAUCCACCAUUGAACAACUACAAUCUCAACUUCGUAAAAUCAGAAAUUCCAAAGAAGCUGCAGUUAAGGAACUUCAAACAAUGAAAGGAGGUUUUAGCAUUCAAAAAGAACUUGUGAUUUCGUUAGAAGAUGAAUUAAAAACUUUGAGACAAGAAUUGGCAUCUGCUAAAGAAAAUACUAAUGUUUCCUCAACCGAACUUGAAGAACUAUCUACCUUAUUGAGUAAUACUCAAAAACAGCGGGAUGAAGCUCAAAGACAUGCCAAGACUCUAGAAAUUGAAGUUGAAACUUACAAACUUGCGGGAGUGGCUGGAAAUGAGAAUAUAGGUGCUUUACAAGAAGAAUUAAUAAACACGAAACUUGAAUUAGUCGCUCAGAAUGAGAUUAUUGUUGAGUUAGAAUCUGAGAUGAUAAUUGUUGAGAAAGAACGUGAUAACAAGAACCAACGCGUGACUGAAUUAAUGGAAGCCCUUGAAAAAAGAGAAGCUAACCAAAAAGAUGCGGUAAAAGGAUUAGAAUCUACAUUAAUGAAUUUAGAAACCGAACUUGUCAUGGCCAAAGGUACAUCGAAAAUGAAUAAGGAUACUAUUGAAAUUCUUGAAGAAAAGUUAUCAUUUGUUAGAUUACAAUUGAAAGAAGCCAAAGCAUCAGAUGAAAGAAGAACCAAUAUGAUUAAUGAAUUGGAGUCUAAAUUACAAGAAACUCUUAGCGCAUUAACAGAAAGAGAAAAUGGAAUAAGUAAUCAAGAUAACUUUGUUUUUGAAUUAGAAACUCUUAUACAAAACACUCAAUUUGAAUUACAAUCGACCAAAGUAUCUGAAAGUGAAGCUGUGGCCCGCAUAAAAGAACUUGAAGCCAAACUUGCUGAUGCAUCAAAAUUAGAGUUUAAUUCAACCACGGAGGAACUUCGAGCAUCUAAAGAUGAACUUAAUAAAGUUAAAGCAUCUGAAGCCAAGUUUAUUCAGCAAGCCCAAAAUUUAGAAAAGAAACUUCAUGAUAUUCAAGAACGUCACGAUCAAGAAAUUAUUAAACUUCAACAAGCAAACGAAGAAAUUUGUACUCUCAGUGAAAAAUGUUAUCGUUUGCAAACAGAGAUUGACGACGCACAUCAUGAUUCCGUUAUUCAAUGUUAUGAGAAUAUUGAUGAUGAUAUGGUAGAAUAUUUAAAUAAUGAGCUCAGAAAAGCCCAUAAUCAAGUUCAAGUCCAACGAGAUUAUGCUGAAGAAUUAGAAAAAAUAGCAAAACAACUUGAAUUAGAAAAGAAAACUCAAACUCAACGAAACGAAGAUCUCGAAGCAGAAGUUGACCAACUUCAAAAAGAUCUUGAAACGUUAGCGGAUGAAUUUAAUGAAGCGGCCUCUAAAUUUGCUGAUGCAGAUGAACUUUCCAGACAACAAAAAAUAAAAAUUGUAGAACUUGAAAAAGCUUUAGAAGAAGUCAAGAAAAGUUCUUCGGGAGGAAUUGAUCAACGCGUUUCGGAAUCAACAAAUCCUGCACUUGCAAAACUUGCAGUAGCAAAUGAGAAAUUACGUCAAACUAAUAAUGAUUUGAAUUUUAAAAUUACUGAAGCAGAAGAUAAAACACGAGUAUUAAAUGAUAAAAUCAAAUUAUUAGAAAAUGAAAUAUCUCGUUUAAAUGCACGUGAGAGUGAAUCUGUUAAGCAAUUAAAGGACAAAAUAAAAGAACUUGAAGUUGAGAAAGAUUCAUUAGAAGAAGCUAAUGAAUCAUUCUUUGAAGAGAGAGGAAAACUUGAUCAAAAGAUUGAAUUCUUAAUGCAACAAUUGCAAUCUAUGGCAACAGGUAAACCAGAAACCCAGAUUGCAGAGUUAAAUGAACGAAUCAUUAAAUUAGAAAAAGAGCUUUUUAAAUUGAAACAAGAUUCAUUGGCUGAAUCAAAGGAAAUGGAAAAAGAAAUUGCAAAACUUUUAGAAGUCAAUGAUCAACUUGAAUUAGAAAUUAAAGAAAUUUAUGAAGCUAAUAAGCAUAAGCAUGCAAGUCUUGCAAGCAUAUCAUCUAUGACCUCAAAUAAUCGUGGUAGCACGGGUAGUAUUAAUAGUGUAAGUUCACGAGAACAAACCAAACUCGCACGUCAAGAAAGUACAAUCACUAAACAAAGCAUCAUGAUUAAAUCACUUCAAGAAAAAAUUUCCGAACUUGAAAAGCGUUCUAGUGGAUCAAUUGAAACAGAAAUUCAAUCAGGAGCUCGAAAUUCUACAUCAUCAAUUUUAUCCUCUGCAUCGGAUCUUAGGAAAAAUAGUGUUCGAUCAAUUGCCGGAAAUUCCACAGUAAAUAAUGUAAAUGCAGAACUUGCAUCAGAAAUUCAAAAGUUACAAAAGAAAAUAGCGAAAAUGGAAGGAGAAAGCACGCAUAAUCGACAACUUGUGGAAACAUUAGAAAAUACACUUAGCGAUAAUGAAACAAAUCUUCGAGUAGCUAAAAAACAAUUAACAGCAUUACAAAAAGAGAAACAUGAUUUUGUUGAACAAAUUAAAGCUUUAAGGAUACAGUUGGAUGAUGCGCAAGAACAAGUUGAACAAACGAGAUCAGUGGUACAAGAAGAAAAGAAGGUUAUGGAAAGUGUAUUAGAAGAAGAACGUAAAGCUAAAGAGAAAGCAGAAAAAGCACGAUCAGCAAUGGAACGUCAAAUGGAACAACUUAUAGCCAAGAAAAGCAAGUUUAUGUGUUUCUAA